CCAUGGCUCAUCAGUAUCUGUUUCCCAGUCCCCAGCGCGUCAAUUUGAGAUUGUCCAUUCUGCGUCUGUCGCUGUCGUGGUUCCAAGGAUGAUAUCGGCUUCGUCCAGUUGAUCCCAUCACCGCAGAUACGGGAUCUCCAACCAACCCAUCCCGUCCCGUCCCAUCCUGUCCGCCCUGAGCAACCUCCACAUCCCGAUCGGCCUGCCUGAACACCAGCAAACCGUCCCUCAGGCAUGGAGUACCUCUCGACGCUGCAGUCGCCCGUGGACGACCUGAAGCCGUCCCUGUUCGAACUCCUCUCGGAGCAACAGCUGUCGGCGCUCCUGCCGCCCACGAUCCGGUACCUGCUCGCGCUGCUCACGCACCGCUACCCGCGCUACCUGCUGCGCGUCCUGAACAACUACGACGAGGUGUACGCGCUGCUGUCGCUCGCGGUCGAGAAGUACUACCUCAAGCACUUUGGCGGCAGCUUCACCGAGAACUUCUACGGCCUCAAGCGCGAGAAGGUCCUCGGCGUGCGCGGCGGCGAGGUCAAGCGGACCCAGCUCGCCGUCCCCGCCGAGGUCCGCGAGCGCCUCAAGCUCCAUGGCCGGGACGUCUGGAGGAACCUCGCCGUCCUGGUCGGUGUUCCUUACCUCAAGAGGAAGCUGGAUGAGAGUUAUGAUAUCCAUAUCGCGCCCUCGGCCGGGUUGCUGGUCAGCGGUGGAGGAGGAGGGGGAGGGCUAGGCGGAGUCGAAGGGAGGAGGUAUUUGGACCGAGACGCUCUGCCGCCAAACCCGACGAUCAAGCAGAGGCUUAUGUGGUAUUACAAGUGGUUUCUACGGCAUGUUUACCCGAGUUUAAAUGCGGCAUACUAUUUCAGCAUCUUGGCUUUCAGCUUGGGAUACCUGUUUGACGGCACCAAAUACUCGAGUCCGUUUCUUUGGAUGGUUGCCACGAGGAUGAGGAGGAUGGGCGCUGCGGAUCAGCAGGCUAUUGAUGCGGCGAGAGAAGCUGCCGAUGCAGCUGUCGCGGCCGGCGCUGCUGGGAGACCGGGACAAGGGUUGAGCGGCAUAUUCAAUCCGCGAACGUUGUAUCCCCGGUUAUUGUCGAGCUUGAGGAUCCUCUUGCCGGCGAGUAUCUUCGCAUUGAAAUUCCUGGAAUGGUGGCACGCCAGUGAUUUCUCCCGCCAGUUGAGCAGAAAGGCUGCCGAAGGGUUGGAAUUGCCGCCCCCGAUUGUCUCUGGGAUGGAACUCGCCCGAACGACCAUGCCGGAGCCAAAAGGUGCGUUGCGCCAGUUGACAACCAAAAACGCGACGGCCAAACGAACCCCGCCCGUCUCGAGCAUCACUUUCCUGCCGAUUUUCACUGUGCCGCCGCCCUCGUCGAGCGACCUAUGUCCUAUCUGCCUGCAUCCGAUCUCCACCGCAGCGGCGUGCCAGACUGGAUAUGUCUUCGAUUACAAGUGCAUAUUCCAGUGGAUUGAGGGCACGCACGAGCGACAGGAGGCGUUUAUGAAGGGGGAGAAAAUGAGCGAGUGGGAAGAUGAUGAGGAGGAGGAAGACGACGAACAGGGACAAGGACACGAUGAGUCGAAGAAGAAAGAGCACAAGAGCCGUGAGGGAGGCUGGGAAAGCGGGAAGGGAAGAUGUGCGGUCACCGGCAGACGAGUCCUCGGCGGCACCAGCGGGUUGCGCAGGGUCAUGGUUUGAGCAAUUCAAACAUCGUGGCCUGAACUGAUGAGCCGAUGUGGAAUGAUUUCUAUCAACGCCCCGCCUAGGUUUUUCUAUCCCACUCGCCAAAAGAGCCACUUCGCACAAGUCUGAUCCACGCCCACCUGGAAUCUGAAGCUUGUCACCACAACAGAAACCCAGGGGUAGCGCGUCCCCUCGGAUCAGACCUCACGCCUCCCUUGCAGGUAUCGCUGGAUCUGAAUGCGAUGCUUAUCGGUGGGGUAUCAAACUGAUGGAAUUCAUAUCUGCCUGAAGGUAUCAUAUCACAAAGAGUCAAGAUCAACUCCUACGACCAUAUAAAACACGAAACGGCAAGCUCAACAUUCAAGACAGCUAGGUAGCAACGACCUCCGCUUCAGCGACCUCCGUCUCCACCACAGCAACCGCUGGCUUCGCGGGUAUGGCAACCUCUUCGGCAACAUAGUUGAUCUUUUCCGACGCGACGUACAGAGGAAGGGCAGGCUCACGCCAUGGCUUGGGCAUAAAGAGGAGGAUGCUCUUCAAGCACCACCCGCUCAGCGCUUGAGUCUGCGUCGCAUCCAAGAGACUCAACCCGGGGGCUUUUCUGUGCAUGCAUACACUUGCCAUGUUGAUCCGGUCAUAGCUGCCUGGUCCACCGUUCUUGAUGGCAUCCUCGGCCAGCGCCCAGGCAAGUGAGCUGUACAUGACGCCUUCGUGCGAGUACGCCAGCCCGGCAGGCUUCAUGAACGCUGCGACUUGCAGCUCGCAAUUGGUCACCCCAACCUUUCUCUCGUCUUUCAUAAAGGCCGAGGCGUGAGACCCGAACUGUGGCUGCACGACCUCGUCUGUCGCCGAGUAUAUCGACGUCGUGGGUACAUAAGCCGAGUCUCCACCAUUCGAACGCAAGGUGGCGAUGAACUUCGAAUUCAUGGUCUGGUUCCACACGGCUGGAGUGCCAGGCACCAUGCCUUGGAGCGGUGUCAGCCCCCAGGCCUCGACUGUCCCUUUAAAGUCGGCCGAAAGACAAAUGAAGUUGCUGACUUGGGCGCGGGUGCUGGGCCAGUAUUUCAGCGCCCACUGCGUCGACAGGUUGCCCUGUGACCAGGCCACCACUGCCACUUUCUUGCCGCACACGGUCGCGAUGUAGUUGAUGGCAUAGGCAACAUGUUCGGCAUUCUUGGGCGCUUCGUCACACAUGCGGCCUGGGAUGUUCAGCCAUAUUGGGUCGGCGAAGGUGCUGGCGCGGAGAAGUUUGGCAAAGUUGUGCUGGAAUGCUUCGCCGCCGUACGAGCCUGUGCCCGGCACGAGGAUCACGGGCGUCUUUCCAUCAGUGCCGUGCUUGAAGUCGGCUGGGAUGAAAAUCGCCGAGCGCAGAGGCUGCUCUUGGAUGGAAUAGGGCGCGUCCGAUGCGUGGAGGGCAGGGUAGAUGGCGAUUGAGGGGUCAGGGUUUUUGUUCUGGUAGCUGUUUAUGUUUAUGUUGUUGAAGCCGAACACCAUCUUGGGAGGAUCGUGGUGGGAGUGUUAGGAAGAGCAGGAGACAAUAUCUUGACCGCCGGGAUGGUUCAAAGCCUUGCUGGAGAUGGUCCUCUGAAGGGCCUCGAGAAUCCAGUUUCAGCGAUAUGCCACUCGGAAUGUGUAGACCGCAGAGUCAGGAUUUCUCCUCGUUCGUCUUAACACUCGAACAGAUAUACUUACUCCUUCUUGACCGUUGUCCUUUCGAUCGUCGGGUUGGCAGCCAGAAACCCACGAAGCAAAGAGCGGCUGAGCCCUCGCAUGCCAGCCGCGCUCCCAG